UAACCUGAUUUGCUGGCGAGCUGGGCGAGCCGAAACACGAACAAUCCUGUGCUGUGCGUUAAAUAGAGUAGUGUUUACUGUUACGGUUUACGGCACGGCCUGUCGAGCAUCGUCGAGGCAAAGGAGCGUCGAAGAUAUGGUCAGCGUUUGUCGUCGUACACUCUGAACUGCACGUUUCUGCACACGACUGAAAUUAACGUUUUUAACGAAAUCGCGUUGCAGCCGUAAACGCACGUCGAUGCACACGUCAACAACAACAAACGGUUAGCGAGUAACGGACGAUUGAGCGGCGUAAGAUUACGUACGGAGAUGUUCUCUCCGUAGACGCUUUCAUUCGAGAUUCAGAGGAGACAUUUGAGAGAAAGGGAAGAUGCAGGACACAGUUGAUACCGCGACGAAGCGGGAGAUGCCUGAGAACGUCAGCUCUAACUCCGUAACGAUGGACGACAUGAUUUGUGGAAUGGAUGCUAUCACGUCCGAAGAGGAGAGCAAUCAGGGCCAAAAGUUGGUUCAAGAUGACAACUCGGAGCAACCGUCUACCUCAGAGGAGACUCGCUCAGAGAUGUGCCAGAGCAUAGACAAGGCACUCUUCAAGGAACCCAAAACUCCAAAUACUUCCAUAGAGGUGAAGUAUGUGAGCGACGAGAUAAUCGAUGUACCAUCGGAUUCCGAUGACGAUCGGGAUUAUUAUUACUGCGACACCACCGAUUCUCUGAAUGACAUCUCGAUUAUUAAUACUGUGAGACCAGCUAACGAUUCCACACCUUCGUGCUCCUUCUCUUCAACUGAUGAAAAAUUGUUGUCAUCAUCAAAGAAUCAGGUCGUGGCUAGUGGUGAUAAGCCAGUUGCACUUGUAAACGAUCAGCUCCAAGAUGGAGCCGAGGUGAUGGUCGAGAACAACAAUGAUAUUUUGUAUACGAUGAGCAAGAAGGGAAUGUUCUCCUCCAUGCCCAAGCUGGGAUACAGCAGAGAUUCCGAUAACGCGUCUCCAAAGUUGGAACUCUCUUAUGGUUCCUCCAUCUGGGACGAGUUGUUGAAGGACGCGAAACUGAUACACGCCCUUCUACCCAGGUUUAAUCAGCGUCUGAUCUACAAGACACUAUGUAACAAUCAGCACGCAAGAAACCGUAUUGAGCUGACACUGUGGGAUCUACUGCCAGAGGAGAGGCCGCAGCCUCAGAUUCUGCAGAAACGCAAAUACUCGAGUAGUGAUGUAUGUCUUAUAGAGCAUAAGAAGAACACUUCGCGUAAGGAUCAGGUGGACGCGAACUUGGUAGUUUUGGAGGAGAAGAAACAGGUGGGCACGACGAACGAGGUGCCGAUGGAUGUCGACAACAAAAAGUCAGAGUGCAGGAUAUUUUCGGACGAGAUUGAUGAAAUGAAGAAGAAUGGCACAUUGGCGGCACUGUUCAACGAUAACAACGUAGUCAAUCAGGUAUCAACGAAGAAAGUGAAAUUGAAUCAAGAGUCCGUUGGGUACGUUGAGUGCAGCAACAGCAGCAGCAACAGCAACAGCAAUAGCAACAAUACCAGUACGUACAUUGUGCAUACGAAUUCAAAGAAAUCUGUGCCAUUCGAGGUCUUCUCGGCGAGGGCCAAGGAGUCGCAACCGUCGACUAGCAGCAUGGAAACCAAGAGAAAACACGAGUUGUUCGUGCCCAACAAUAGGUCCCCAAGACCCCUGAUGUCGGGAGUGCUGCAGCCGGCGAGGCUCACGCUCGCGACUAAUUUCGCAUUGUCCAGCAUCCCCCAAGGGAAGGUCGAGAAGCGACAGCUUUACAGGCAGAGUCCCAUUUUGUCACCACCAAAGUUUAGAAUGGUGACGAGAGAUAUCUCAGAAACGGAGCUCGGGAAAGACACGAUAAUAAUACCGCCUUCUCCUGCCCCUCGAGUAACCGUCUCCGCUGUACCUGCCAUAUCUACUAUAUCUACUGUACCUAUUAUAUCUGUACCUCGAGUAACUGUAGCUAAUCUACCCGAAACGCAUAAUAUGACUAACGUUCGCAACAUGCCUAAUGUGUCCGAGGAGAGUCCCUCGCGGGUGAAGCAGAGCGGACCGAUAGUGCUUGAUCGGCUGGAACGGCCGAGUCGACCCAACGCGCCCGAUUUGCGAAUUUCUGCAAAUUCGGCGAGGUUACCGGAUACGCCGCGGUCGUCGAACGAUGACAAAGAAGCAUCUAAUGUCCGGCUCGACAAGCCCCAGCCCCAGUUGAGCUCGCAGGCGGACUGGCGGGAUUUCGCGCUGGUCAUUUCGCAGAAGAUUUCGGAUCUGUCGAAGGAUCUCGAGACCAAACCGCCCGAAUUUUGUAAGAAAAUCGGGAAGGAGGAAUACGAUCGGCCGUCUAGUUCGGCGAAGGCCAUCGAGUCCACCCCGAGCCCUUCGGACCAUCCGAGGCCGAGCUGUAGCAAGACAGAUUAUAAUCUCGAGCAGGGGUCAUCGAGCAGCAUGAGUGCUCCUCAGGUUUUCGACAAAGGAGAUGCGAAACAGUUACCAUUAUUAGCCACUGUGGGAACCAUUGCGAAUAAUAUACAGCCGAAUAAUACAAAGAAUUCUGAUAAAUGUCGAAACUUGAAGUUUCCAAACACGGAGGAACCGAAACUUAUAGUAAAAGAUAAUAGUAAAGAAAUAAUAUUAAGUGAGAAAGCUAAUAAAAUCUAUGUUAAACUAUUACCUAUGUUUCCGAGCAUAAAAACCAAUUACAUUAAAAGAUUAUGUCAUCAAUAUGUAAAAGAUGAUGAGCAAAUUCAAAAUGAAGGUGCAUUGUUGGAAUAUUUAGUUGAGAUAUUGCUCAACUGCGAUCAAAAGAAUCUAAUCAACGAAACUAAGCCAGCGGCGGAAGAACCAAAUCCAGCUUAUGAUAUGAAUGAAAAAUAUGCGGAUUUAUUAAUGAUAUUUCCUGAAGCAGAUCCUGUUUAUCUAAGAAAAGUAGUUGAGGAGAUAUAUAAUGAUCCUGAACGUUUUAAGGAAUUUGUUCAAUCAAAAUUGGAAAACCCGAAUUAUCCCACAAGAGAACAAUAUCUGGCUAAAAAAAAGAUUACAGAUCAACAAAAGCAAUACACUACAGAUUUCCAAGUAAACAAUUUUUUAGAAAUAUUUCCAGAUCCAUUUGCACACUUUGAAGAUCAUAAGAGAAAGUGUCUAUUUAAUCCGCACGCAGUAGAUUUUCUCAAAUUUUAUUUUAGUAAAUUGAGAGUAAACACAUUGAUGAAAGCAUAUGUUCAGUAUAAUCAUAAUUUAAGUUUAACUGCAAAGGCUCUGGAAGCGUUAAAUCCUGAUAUGAAAACUAAACGAUAUAAUAUAAAAAUGGUUCUGACAGAAGAUAUACCGUUUCUUCAGGAGUGUGCCUUUAUACGACAUAAAACAGAUCUUAAAAAAUAUUUGAACGAAAUAAAAGUAAAGGAAGAACAAGAAUUUAAUGAGCUCAAGGCAAAAAAUGAACUGCUUGAAUGCCAAUGUUGUUACGAUAACGAAUGUAUGCCAUCAAAGUGUUCCACAUGUGAGGAUGGUCAUUUAUUUUGCAAUUCAUGUAUCAUACGGAGUACAGAUGUGAUAUUAGGAGAUGGGAAAACGCGCAUCGAUUGCUUGUUACAGUGCGGCUGUGAAAUCCCUAUAUCUGUACUUCAGCGAGUGUUGCCGCCAACUAAAUUUAGUAUUUUACUUUGCAAGCAGCAAGAAGCUGAAGUAAUGGCUGCUGGAGUUGAAGGUUUAGUAUCGUGCCCAUUUUGUCAUUUUGCAUCUAUACCACCACCCGAAGAUAAAAUUUUUAAAUGCCUUAACCCCGAAUGCAUGAAAGAGUCAUGCAGAUUUUGCAAGGAGCUGAAUCACGUGCCUCUGAAGUGUAAUGAAAAAAAAUCUGAAUCCGCGCGUUUGUACUUAGAAGAGAAAAUGACUGAAGCUCUGGUACGGAAAUGUUACCGUUGCAAUCGCAUAUUUUUCAAGGAAGAAGGUUGUAAUAAAAUGACUUGUUUAUGUGGCGCUGAAAUGUGUUACAUUUGUGAUAAACCAGUAACUGAUUAUACGCACUUUCAAGGUCAAGGAGCGGAACGUUCAAAUCUUUGUCCAUUAUGGAGUGAUAAUCGUCGUUUGAAUGCUGAAUCUGUAAUCAAAGUUUGCCAUGAAACUGUGAAGCAGAUGAAAGAAAAAGAUCCUCAAGUCGAUAUAAAUGUUGAUGCGCUUUUACCAAAGUUACCACCUAAAAGCAAAGGUCCUCAUGAAGAUAUUGUUAACAAUGCAAUGAUACAUAAUAGGAUUGCGAGGCAAUUUCAAUGACAACUUUGCAUCACUAUUAACUGUUAAGAAAACAUUUUUUAAUUAAUUUGUUCUAAAUUUAUUUCAUAUUUUAAGGAAGGCCGUAUAUUAAUAGUUUCUUUUAUACAUAUACAUCUACAGAUUUAUUCUUGAUACAAGUAAGACAGUAUUUUGUGAACCAACAGUUGCUAGUCUUGUUCAAUUAGGUGCAGUCAUAUAAGUGAUUAUAAAGGAAGGAGCAUAGACUUUUGGAUAAUGCAUAAGAGAAUUAACCAAUCAGAGAUCUUUAUUUCUAUCCUGGGGAGGGAAAUAAAUGAUUCCGAUUGAUUCUUUUAUGUAUUAGACAUUAUGCGUUGUGCAAAAGUCUGUGCUCCCGCUCUAAGAAUGAAAGUACAAAAUACAGAAUAAUAUAAUGGCAGAUAUUAUAACUCACAAAUUGAGGAAUGGGAUAUAAGAUUACAAAUAAUUUUAAUUUUAAAAAAAGUUGACAAAAUUGGAAUAAAUUAGAGAGAAAGGAUCAAAAUUUCAGGUUAUAUUCAUAAUAAGAUGUGACAUAUAAAAAAAUCAAUUUAUACUAUUAUUUUCUCAUUAUAUCUGCAAUUUCUCAAUUUAUUUUAUAGCUAAAACAUUACAAACAGUAAACUUAAUUGUUUUUAUAUGAUAUGAAGCUACAACAUAUUUUUAUGAGUUCACCUAUGAAAAAUAUAUUUGUUCCUAUUUUGUAAAAAUGGUUUAUGCUACUUUAUAUUAUGCUAAUCCUACUUUAUAAUCAUACAUAUUGUUAGAUUAUCAGAAUAUUAUUAAUGUUAAGAUAAGUUGCUAUUGUUUUUAAUUCUUGAUACUUUUAUAUUUUCUUAUUGUUCUCUUUCUGUAUUUAAAACGUUAGUUUAUGUGCAAAAAGCGUAAAAGUGCAGAAUUACAAAUUAAAAACUCGUUAAAUUAUAAAAUGUUACAUGUUUGUGAUGUAUAUGUAUGCGAUGACAUAAAUAUACGCGAUAUGUUUUUUACGCACAAAUUAUUUUAUUUUUUUAGAAAUGAUAAUUUUUGACGACGUUAUUUAAAAUUUAUUCAUAUAUUUUAAUUAUUAACAAAAUAAAUUUGCAAAUUAAGAAAAAAUAAUGAUUUUACGAAUGUCCGGAGAGUUGCUGUAGUUUCUUCAUAUGUUAAAUGCGAAAUUCAGUGACUUGGAUAUCAUGCGAUUAGAUUAUUAUUACUUCUCGUAAAGAUUUCAUGUAAAUUUUGUUUAUUGCAUUGAUAAUUCCGAACGACGCACGUUUCAGAAUAAAAUCCAUUAAAUCAGAAAAACCAUUAAUAUUAAUUAUGAAUAAUAAUAGUGAAUAAUUACGUCAAUGCAAAUGAUGUUUGAGAAGCUCCUUUAAAAAUUCGCUAUUAGCAACAGAUAGUCUCUACAGCGGCUAUUGACAUUUGAUGAAGCUAAUACUUGAUAAUUGAGAGAAACUCUUUUGUACAGUUACGUGUUUGUCAUGCCUAUAAAUAUUUAAUUUCUGAGAGAAUGGAAAUCGGAAAAUAACGGAGUAAAAGCACGGAAACAAACUGUAGCUUGUGUCAAGGUCAUUUCUCGCGUAAUGAUAAGAAUAAGAUAAGAACAGUGGUCGACAUAGGACGUUAAAAAAAAUGCAAUUUGGCGAUAUAACGAGUGUCUUUAUAAAGCUUGAACGAUGGAGCAAUCGCUCUGCGAGUGCACGAACUUUUGCAAGUUUUUCAAUUCCCGCGACUCUGCAUAAGUUAUAGAAAGUUUUGAGUGGAAUUUUGUGAAUAAUUUCAUGUGACUCUGACCAUGGUCCUAUUUGGUGCUAUGAACGCUUCGUGUAUAUAAUUGUUUUUUUGAUUGAUUGAAAUAUUCUUAGGGUUAAGUGAGCCGCAGCCGGAAGCAGAAUCGAACGGAAAUCAAAGGUAUCUGAAGACGGAUUAUUAUCUCACCACGAUUGUUAUUUCACGAAAUAAAGCUAUUU